AUGGGAAGAAUACGUAGUCGCGCAUCGUCGGCGCACCCGGCAGACGGCUCGGCAUUGUCCCUCUCAAAGCAGCAGCCGCACAAACGCCGCAGGAAGAACGCCUACAAGGUCGUGCUGGAGUCGGUGACGCAGAAGAGGAAGAAGCUCCGUUUGACCGCCACCUUUGACCAGCAAGCCCCGCCAGGCUACACUUUCAUCGGCUUUGGGAACGCAAAGCUUUCGGCGCAGUGCAAAGAAUUCUGUCGCAAGCGUGGCGAGCUGGCUUACUCCGUUUCCGCGCCCCCCAAAAACAAUGCCACAGCAGACCCGGAGAAGAUCUCGUUUCACGUGAACAGGCUGGGCUUCUAUUUCCCCAACAAGAUCGUCGACCUGGCCAUGGAGUGGCUUGGCAUCCAUGUCAACGGUGCCAGACCGCGCUCCAAAAACGGCUCAGGCUUCACCCGGGGCCUGGGCCGCAGACUCAAGCAACACACAAAUCUCAGCGAGGAAGACCAAGUCCGGGCCGCCAUGAGGGAUCUGUUCCCAAAGAUGCCCGAGGAUUCGCUGGAAGCCAUCGUAGAGCACGCCUUUGCCGAAGGUGCCAAAAGGGUAGGUAACGCGACAAACCUCUCCUUGGAGCGGCGCGUACAGAUGGCAGUGCUUGCCCACGUGCGGCACAAGCACACCGAAUAUGACAAACUACUCAAGGAAGUCGGUUACAUUCAGGCUCGCAAGUCCGUGGAAAACCCAUGCAUCGAGAAAAUCCUCACAUGGCGCGGCGAAAACCUGAACGAGGAUGAUGAUGUUGUCGAGAUGGAAGACGACUUUCGCGAAGUCAUUGUCCUCGAUGACAGUGAUGCUGGUGACGAGCAAGACGAUGGCAUGGAGUCUGACUCGGAGUCCAGCGAGGGAUAUGCACCGCCUGCAGCCAUCAGCCCAUCUGUCGGGAAUAUGCCUCGUGGUCGUCUCGCAAUGGCCAACGUACAUGCUACUGCAGCGCCCAGACCCAGGUCACUCAUUGAACCGCUAUCUUCACCUAGACAUGGCUAUGAUCGGCUGCAUGAGAGACCAGUCUCUUAUUUCACUACUCAUCACCAAGAAGCAGCACCCUCGACAGCGUCUCCCCAUGGUCUAAUCCCGGUCCCUCGGACGCCACAGGCAUACGACCUUUACAAACGUGUACCUUACGAGUUGCCGUAUCGUGAGCGAGUUCAACAAGCCGAGCCUUCCAUGCAUCGCCGCAACGCGGAACAGGACCCUUAUGAUAACUUCCAGUUGUUUAAAGCUGCUAGGUAUGCUGCCGAGCCCUCUCGUGGACAGCAUGCCCCUCGUCACUUCAUCAGUGGACGCCUCCCCACAGCAGAAAGUCAUAGCUCGCAUCAUGUGGUUGACAGGGUUGAACAUGGUUCGCACCACCGUGGCGAGCCCCGCCCUGAAGAUGUUGUUCCUUCUAUUGAGAAGGAUGAGCCAAGCCCAGCUACUCCAACAACGGGCAAUGAGAGACCUCGCUAUGUCUCACAUCAGGAGCGAUCUCUCAUGCCAGAGCCCUCUAUGCACGGGCGGACGAUGCUUCCGCCAUACCGAAGAACGCAUGCCGUGGAUGAAACUUCCAGGUGCAUGCCGCCAGCACCCGUCAUAGAUUUGACAGACAGUCCAGGGCGUGUACCCGGCGAUUUUCAUAUGGGCAGCCGCCAGCCCGUUACAGUGGAACCCCUUGAGACUAGGCGCAUGCAGUCCAGCAGCCUCUCCAUUGAUGAGAGAUAUCGCAGCCGCCGCCAAAUGGAGCAUGAUGCCAACUACAAAGUCAGGACGGCAGGGAAAAAUGAACCGUCCCCUUUCUAUUCCCCCAAGUACGCAAGACAAACGGAAGGCCGUCGCGAGCUCGGGACUGUAUUGCAAGUCGGUGUUCCUGGCAGUAGAUCGGGAAGCUUGCAGCAACCGAGUCUCACAGGCGAUCGUCUAUCGAAUGCUCCAGUAUCCUUGCGUCACAAUGCUGACCAACAGAUAUUUGAGCAAUCAGUUCCCUCAAAGCGUUGGUCCGGUGACUGGAUCCCGGGCCAACUUGAUGGGCAUGAUGAUCGACCUCCGUUUUCUAUUCGCAGAAGGAUUGAUGAGAGGCCUUCUGGCCCCAGUCAUAUGGUAGCAACAGUCGAUUCUCCAGGUCCAUCGCAAAGGCCUCGUGUUCCAGUUGUGCCAGAACGUCUGAUUGCCAACCCUCAUGCAUCACGGGGCUAUGAUAUGGCACCCAGUCCAACUCGCAUGAGAGUUGCGCACACAUACGACCCCGGCACAGUGGGACUUCGAGUGCAGCCCGACAGCGGCCAUGAGUAUCGGGCGCCACCUCGUACACAUUACUAUGACUACAGGCCCGCAAACGGAGAUGCUUACCGCUGA